AGGUACAAGCACGUCGUGGAACAACACCAAAUCUUACAUAAAGGGUUCGAGGGGCGCGGGUGUGGUGGAAAGGGGGCUCGGUACUUGACAACCACCCUCCUCUGCGUUGCGCCUUGUUGCGUUUCACAGGGUGAUCGUGCAAAAUAAAGCGCAGAACGCAGAAUCUCAGUGCAUGGAGCUGCUUUCUUAAAAAAUCGGCAACGGUCCGUUAGAAAAUGCCACGGGCAGCUCGGCGGUGGUUAAGUAUCUCAGAAAACGCCGAAAAAGGGAGUUGGAGAUGGUGAAAAUGGAAAUUAUUCGUCUCAAGAAAUCCAAGUGCGCUUCAGAUUGAACUCGACUUCAGCAAAACCUGUACAGUGAUGGUCGAUGAAAUAGCAUCACAACAAAUAAAGUAUCGUAAGUAACGCAAGUAACACAAUGUAACGCAUUGUAGUGUGCCGGAUUUUAAAAGGCCCUAGCUUUAAAAAAGAAAUAACGAUCGAUCAUGGACCCACCACCGACGGCGGAACCGGCCGGAUCCGGGAAACCCCCGGCAAGUAAACGCGGCAGAGGAUCAACGGGUAAUCAACGUGGGACACGAGGACGCGGCGGUUACUGGCGGGGAACUUAUCGUGGCUAUCAGAACCAUCCGCCACGAGAGAAGCCGGUAGGAUUUGCUCUGCUGCCGACACCAACAACACCAAAUUACGGUUCACCGCCCGUGGCCACGCUGACACCAUCGGCUUCGUUCUCCACUAGCGCUAAAAUCGAUAGCUGUGAGUAUGCCGGCUGGAAACUCUACUUUCCUGCUGAAGAAUAUCGCAGCGGAUCCAAAACGGUACACCAUGUACGAGCGAUGCAACGACACUACACGGAUUGUGCGGAUCAGUACGAUCUACCGCUGGUCAAGACAUGCAACUGGUUCGAGCUGAAGAUGGACGUGUGUGAAAAUGAUCGCGUUCUUCGCCAGGAAUGGGGCUCCUUUCGCCAGGAACUGACGGACAGCCCGGAACACUCGCUGGCCUGCAUAGGUUUAGCGAUGCAUCAUCUACUGACCCGGAACGCCGGUGGCGGAAGUUCACAGAGUGCUACGCCUUUGUCCCUUAAUACUAUACGACCCCGGUUGGUAGGCUUCGGACCCGAGGUUUCGAUCGGCUCGAUCAAGGUGAACAGCUUCGGAAAGUUAGUGUCCGUCCGGGGGACUAUUAUACGGGCGGGCGCGUCUCAAAUCAUGAACACCUGGUGUGCCUUCCGAUGUGCCAGCUGUGGCAACGAGCAAGCCGUGCAGCAAAAGGACGGUAUCUAUACGACGCCUACUUCCUGCCACAGUGGUUGCAAAUCGCGUAGCAACUUCAUCCUUCUACAGCACUCCGUAUUUACGCGCAUGGAGUCGUACCAGAGCAUCCGGUUGCAGGAAACGACACAAGGCUCACGUGCGGUAACGGGCAGCGUAGCGAAGAACAUUGAGGUGGAGCUGACACACGAAAUGGUGGACAGUGUGUGUCCCGGAGAUGAUGUGACCGUGACGGGCAUACUGAAGGCACGCUCUCAGGAUGAUACGGGCCUGGGCAAAGCCAGCCUUUACAAAGCCUACAUACAGGCCGUAUCGGUACGAAGCAACAAGAAUGCACUGGGCAACUGGAAUCGAUUGGGCGAGUUCACCGAGCUGGACAUGGAAGCGAUCCGCAUGAUUCAAUCCGAACCCUCUCCCUUCCGUCUGCUGGUCCAAUCGCUCUGCCCUUCCAUUUACGGUCACGAGAUCGUUAAGGCGGGCCUGCUGCUGGGGCUUUUCGGUGGACAGGCAACGAGCGCCCGUACGAGACCCGAAAUCCAUGUGCUCGUCGUUGGCGAUCCGGGCAUUGGCAAAAGCCAAAUCCUUCAACGCUGCUCCGCCGUCUCGCCGCGAGGUAUUUUCGUUUGUGGCACCAACUCGUCCAACGUGGGGCUCACGGUGACGGUACGGAUGGAGAAGGGUGUCGGUGCGUCGCUCGAAGCCGGUGCCCUCGUGCUGGCCGAUCAGGGAGUAUGCUGCAUUGAUGAGUUUGACAAAAUGUCCGGUCACCACGGACUGCUCGAGGUGAUGGAGCAACGUUCGGUGAGUGUCGCGAAAGCGGGCGUCAUCUGUACCGUCCCGGCACGUACGACCGUUUUGGCCGCCGCUAAUCCCGCCGGUGGUCACUAUAACAAGGCGAAAACGGUUUCGGAAAAUCUGAAGCUACAUCCAGCGCUCCUGUCGCGGUUCGAUUUGGUUUUUAUUCUACUCGAUCGAUCGAACGAACGCACCGAUAAUCUGCUGACCGCUCACAUCCAGAAGGUUCAUGGAUUGUCGCGAACCCCCGCGACACCCGUACACCCAUUCUUUGACGCUUCCGGUAGCUGCUCGUUCGCCGAAGGAGCCGAUGGUGGAGAACCUUCACUCGAGGAACGGUUAAGGCUUGGAGCGGGCGAGAAGCUCGAUCUGCUGCCGGUGGAACUGAUGCAGAAGUAUAUCGGCUACGCACGGAAGAACGUUCAACCGAAGCUAACGGCCAAGGCGGCCGAAGAGCUGCGAGAUUUCUUUGUCGAGCUGCGUCGCACGCACCGCGAGAUGGACAUGAUUCCCGUUACCACUCGGCAGCUUGAAGGUCUCAUCCGGUUAACGCAAGCACGCGCAAGAAUUGAUCUUUCGUCGGAAGCGACCGUAGCGCACGUACGCGAUGUGCUUGCCAUCCUGCGCCAAUCGAUGCUGGAUGUGUUCAGCACGGACGAGGGGGAACUGCAGUUUACGCGACUCACGAACGGUAGUGGCACCAGCAAGACGUCGAUGGUACGCAAAUUUGUACGCACCCUGCAAACCCGAUCGAUCGCCACCGGUUCGACCGUUUAUACGAUGGAGGAACUGCGACAAGCGAUGGUAGCCGGUGGAAUUGUGGCCAACUGUGCGGAACUGAUCGACACGAUGAACAUUCAGGGAUUUUUGCUGAAGAAGGGACGCGAUUGUUACAAGUUUAUCAUGGAAUAAAAUUGAGG